AUGGCUAGUGUAAGUCAUAAUACGUCAAGGAUUUCCAUGUUGGGUCGUCCUCCUAAUCUCAAAGGGUCUUCUUUCAGAAGUUGUGACAACUGUAACUGUUCUCCUGGUUUACUAUCAAGAAACAAUAAGCGAUCAUCUUUACUGUUCAGAAAGUUUGAAAACACCUUAAGUAGACAGAGAUCUUCUAGUAUCAAUUUCAAUGUCAAGGGCUCCAAUGCAAGUGUCUAUUCUUCCGAUGCCUUGUGCAAGACUUCAAAAGAAAUCAAUACCAGUGAGAGAUUGGCUAGUUUACGCAAACAGAUGACUAAAUUCGGAUUAUGUUGCUAUAUCGUCCCUACUGAGGACGAACACCAAAGUGAAUAUGUCUCGGAGAAAGACGAGAGAAGGUCCUUCAUUUCUGGGUUUUCUGGUUCAGCUGGUAUUGCUUGCGUCACAAGGGAUUUGUUGAAUUUCAACGAUAAGACCGAUCCUAUUGGAAAAUCCAUUUUAUCGACCGAUGGACGUUACUUCAAUCAGGCUUUGCAAGAGCUUGAUUUCAACUGGUCGUUGCUCAGACAAGGCGAGGAUAAGUUGACUUGGGAGGACUGGUGUAUCACUGAAGCUAUUGAAAUGCUAAAAGGUUUGGGUGUUAACAACACGGAUAAGAAACCUUUGAAAAUCGGUAUUGAUCCAAAGCUAAUCACAUAUAAGGAAUCUUUAACUUUUGAAAAAAAAAUUAGAAAAUUUUUGGUCGACAACGGCAUUAUUACCGAAGAAAAAGCUGCUGAAGAAGCAAACAAAUUCGUACAAUUAGUUGGCGUAGAAGAAAAUUUGAUUGAUUUAGUUUGGGGAGAUUUCGAAGAAGUUCCAAACAUGCCGACAAAUGACUUGAUUCUACUAUCUGAAGACUACCAUGGUGAAUCGUUUGCUUCGAAACGUAGCAGGUUAUUGGAGAAUUUGAGGGAGAACCAUCAUUUGUCAGAGUCUAAGGAUGACAAAAAGAGUGUCAAGAAUUAUUACGUUACAGUUGCUUUAGAUGAAAUUGCAUGGUUAUUGAACUUGCGCGGUUCCGAUAUUAAAUACAACCCAGUGUUUUUCUCAUACUUAUUAAUCAGUGACUCAGAUGAUGAAACUGUAUUAUUCUCGAAUGCUAAAUAUGAUGACAAUAUUUCGAAAUAUUUGAAAGAUAACAACAUUACCGUUCAAAAAUACGAAGAAUUUUGGAGUUCGAUAAACGAUCUUGCGACCAGUGCCGCCGAAUCGAGCCAUUUCAUCAUUCCUGAUAAUUCGUCGUGGAACUUGGUUAGAAGCGUAGAGAACAAGAACAAGAUGAUCCAUUCUCCUAUCAACGUUAUGAAAUCUGUUAAGAACGCCACAGAAAUCAACAAUGCUCACAAAGCACAAACAAAAGACGCACUAUGCUUAAUCCAAUUUUUUGCUUGGUUAGAAGACAGAUUAGUGAACCACGAGACUUUAAUCAGUGAAUAUGAAGCUGCUGAAAAAUUAGAACAGAUCAGAAAGGUUCAAAAGAACUUCAUCGGUAACUCUUUUGAAACCAUUUCUUCAAGCGGUGCCAAUGCUGCCGUCAUCCAUUACAGUCCAACGGCCGAGUCUUCCGCCAUGAUCAACCCAUCUAAGAUUUAUCUAUGUGACGCCGGCUCCCAAUUUCUAGAAGGUACAACCGACAUCACAAGAACGAUGCAUCUAACAGAACCAACCCAAGAAGAAACCACAAACUACACUUUAGUCCUAAAGGGCAACUUGGCCUUAGAGAGAGCUGUGUUCCCAGAGGGCACCAACGGAUACCAACUGGAUUGCAUAGCCAGACAAUUCUUGUGGGAACGCGGCCUGGAUUACAGACAUGGCACGGGUCAUGGCAUCGGUGCCACUCUGAAUGUGCACGAAGGUCCCAUUGGCAUCCAACUAAAACCACAUCUAGUGGAUUUCCCCUUGGCUGCCGGCAACAUCAUCAGUAACGAGCCAGGGUAUUACAAGGACGGUGAAUACGGUAUAAGAAUCGAGAAUGACAUCUUGGUCAAAGAGACGGAGCCAUCGAUGCGCUUCGGCGAUAAGAAGUUUUUCUGUUUCGAGAACAUGACUCUGGUGCCAUACUGCAGAAAGUUGAUAGACGUCAGUUUACUAGACCCUGUGGAGUUGAAACAAGUGAAUGAUUACAACAGAAAGAUCUGGGACAGCCUAGUCAACUACCUACAACCCCAAAGUAUCACGUUCAAAUAUCUAAAGAGAGAAACCUCCCCAUUAUAA